UUUCUCCCUAAAAAUUAACCGUAAUGUGUUUUUUCUUCACCAUCUCUAACCCUAAAUCAAAAACCAUUUUUCAUCUUUUAAUUCCAAUCCCAUUUUUCUUCACUUCCCCUUAGUUCAAUUCACCCUAAACCCAAUUUCAAUUUCACACAAAACCCUUAUCGUUCUUCUCCGCAAUGAAGUUUCGUUACGCCAUGGUUUGUUCUUCGAACCAGAACAGAAGCAUGGAAGCUCACUUCCUUUUCAAACGACAAGGCUUCGAUGUGUCUUCAUAUGGAACAGGUACCCAUGUUAAGCUCCCUGGUCCGUCCCUUAGAGAACCAAAUGUCUAUGAAUUUGGGACACCGUAUAAACAUAUGCUUGAUGAGCUUCGCAGAAAAGACCCUGAACUCUACAAGCGAAAUGGAAUCCUGCCAAUGCUUAAAAGAAAUGCGAGUGUGAAAUUGGCGCCUCAGAGAUGGCAAGAAAAUGCUGCUGAUGGCAUAUAUGACGUGGUAAUCACGUUCGAAGAAAAAGUAUAUGAUAUGGUUGUCGAAGAUCUCCAUAAUAGAGACCAUGUUUUAUUGAAAACGGUGUUGAUAGUCAACUUGGAGGUUAAAGAUAACCACGAAGAAGCCGCUAUAGGAGCAAGGCUUACUUUGGAUUUUUGUCGCGAGCUCGAAGCUGUUGAAUCAUGGGAGGAGUCGAUUGACGAAGUUAUUUCUGGUUUUGAGAAACGCCAUCGGAGGAAGCUUUUGUAUAACAUCUCCUUCUACUGAAACUACACUACUUUUCUAAUGAUUUUUUUUCUUCUGUUAAACCCUUCUGGAUAAGUUUCACAGGUUUGUGACCCUUGAAACCGCGUUUUGCUUUGAAACAAAACUAAUGGCUUAAACUACCAAACAGCUACCAAACGCGUAGAGAUGUUUAUGUAGAUAUCAUGUCUCAUAUGGAUUUGAAGGAUUUGCUAGCACUUGAGAGAA